UGCCACAGAGUAACCAGCCAUCCAAAACACACAGAGACACACACACUAACACUAACGCGCACACUCUCACACGCACAUUGGAGAGCCAAGAGUUCAAGAGCGCUUGUUUCCGUUUAACUAACAUUGAGGGGAGUGGAAAUAGCUGGGGGAAGAAUUUAUCCAACCACUGUGCUUUUUGGUCGGAGCGAGGUUGUGCAAGUGUCAUACUUUUGGCUGCUUUUUUUCUGAGCGCAUCGAGAAACUUUGAGUGAAGGACAGAGACGCUGCUGUUGGCAUGAGCUGAGUGCGCAAACAGAUUUAAAGGCGACACAAAAGGAAAGCCGGUGAUGGGCAACAGCUGAUGUGGGAUGGGCAAAGGAAGGGGACAUGCCUGCGGGGCUCCAUGGUGAAACAGCUGAAUAGUCACAACAGAAACGGCUGCAGAACAGGACGGAGUGAAAACAGAGCAAGGAGACUCCACACACCAUGAAGAAAGAAGACUCGAGUAAUCAGAGUUUGAAUAAAGUUGGGGCUCUGUUCUGCUUGUCUGGCAGUAAUUAUGGCGGCAGAGGGAAGAGGAUUAUGGUAAUAUCCCAUCCAGGGGUCCCAUUAGUGGGACUGAUUUUGUUGGCCACCCUUCCUUUUGGAUCAUGCAUCAAACAGAGUGUCCCCAGAGUCAAACUCAGCCACAGAGAACUGCUGCAGGCUGGCAGUGUAUCUUUGUUUCUGGGCACGUCCGAUGGCCUUCACUCCCACUCACUGCUGUUGGACGAAGAGAGAGGUCGUCUUCUGUUGGGAGCCAGGGAUCACAUCUACCUGCUUGACCCCGACAAUCUGGCCAAAGCACCCAGGAAGAUUCACUGGCCUGCUCCGAGGGACAGAGUUGAAAUGUGCAAACUGGCUGGCAAAAAGGCGAAUUUGGAAUGUGCUAACUUUAUCAGGGUGAUCCACAAUUACAACCGAACACACGUCUACGCCUGUGGCACAGGAGCCUUCAACCCCACCUGCGCUUUCGUUGAAAUCGCUGGCCACAGAGAGGAUGGCGUGUUCCAUCUGCUGUCUAAUACGGUGGAGUCUGGCAGGUUGAAAUGUCCUUUUGAUCCCCUGCAGCCGUUCACCUCAGUCCUUACAGAUCAGUACCUGUAUGCAGGCACAUCCUCGGACUUCCUGGGCAAAGACACAACAUUCACACGCUCGCUGGGCCCUCCACCCGACCAGCACUACAUACGCACAGACAUCUCUGAAGACUACUGGAUCAAUGAGGCCAGGUUUAUAUCUGCUCACCCCAUUGCCGACACCUACAAUCCAGAUGAUGAUAAGAUAUACUUCUUCUUCCGCGAGGUGUCCUGGGAGGGCAACGACAAGAGCAUCCUCUCCCGAGUGGCUCGUGUAUGCAAGAAUGACGUUGGUGGGCUGAGGAGUCUGACCAAUAAAUGGACAACCUUCCUCAAAGCCAGGCUUGUGUGCUCGAUCCCUGGACCAGACGGUGUCGACACACACUUUGAUGAGCUCCAGGACAUCUUUUUGCUCCCCACCAGAGACGACAAAAACCCCAUAGUGUAUGCAGUCUUUACAACCUCCAGUUCCAUUUUCCGUGGCUCAGCAGUGUGUGUGUACAGCAUGGCAGAAAUAAGGUCUGUGUUUAACGGUCCUUACGCCCACAAGGAAGGCCCGGACCACCGAUGGGUCGAAUACGAGGGAAGGAUACCGUAUCCCCGUCCUGGAACGUGUCCAAGCAAGACAUAUGAUCCAAGGAUCAAGACCACCAAAGACUUCCCAGAUGAGGUUGUCAGUUUCAUCCGAUUCCACCCUCUGAUGUAUCGCUCUGUUUACCCUCUGACUGGCCGGCCGGUGUUCACACGUGUUCGGGUGGACUACACGCUGACUCACAUUGUGGUGGACAGAGUUUUGGCAGAUGAUGGACAGUAUGAGGUCAUGUUUCUGGGAACAGAUGCCGGCUCAGUUCUGAAGGUAGUGAGCAUCACUCAAGAGAACUGGUCAACAGAGGAAGUGGUUCUUGAAGAGCUUCAAGUGUUCCAGGUUCCCACUCCUAUCCUCAGCCUGAAGUUAUCUUCUAAACAGCAACAGCUCUACGUGGGUUCGAGUCAGGGUCUAGCCCAGGUUUCUCUCAGCAGAUGUCACCUCUAUGGCCAGGCCUGUUCAGAAUGCUGUCUGGCACGAGACCCCUACUGCGCCUGGGAUGGACACAUGUGCUCACGAUAUGUCCCUGCAUCUAAAAGGCGUGCCAGAAGACAGGAUAUCAAGAAUGGAGAUCCUGCCAUUCAGUGCUGGGACACAGAAGACAGUCUUGGUGGAGGACGUGUGGAGGAGAGAGUUCUCUAUGGGGUUCAGAGCAACUCCACCUUCCUCGAGUGCAUCCCUAAAUCCCAGCAGGCUCAGAUCCGAUGGUACAAACAAAGACCUGGAUCCGAUCGCAGGGAGGAGGUCAGACUGGAUGAUCGUGUUGUUCACACCGACCGAGGCCUCCUGAUUCGCUCCCUCCACGCCUCAGAUGCUGGCGUGUACGUGUGUGUGGCUCAAGAGCACACACACUUCACCCACACCCUGCUCCGUCUCACGCUACAACUUGUUACACACGGACAACUCGACAGAAAACCCAAGCCAAGCGAAGAUCCGGCAGCGGAGAUGCACCACGGAGCUGAGUCACGUCAGCGUUAUAAAGACUACCUGAGAGUGAUGAGCUCCCCCUUCAGCUCCCUGGAAGAGUACUGCGACUCGCUGUGGCUGGACAAGCGCUCGUCGAGGGCGCGAGGACGAGGCUUAGGGGGAGUUGGCAAAUGGAAACACAUCCAGGAAAUGAAGAAGAGCAGGAACAGGAGGCACCACAGAGAGAGGGGAGAGGAGAGAGACAAACAAGUGCGAGGGAGAGCAGUGAGGACGGCAGAGCAGUGAGGGAAGGGACGGAAAGAAAACCAUUAAGGGUUAGCUGUGUAUAUUCUCUGUUUUAAUGAUGAAGCUGAUGUGACAAAGAACUGUAAAACUGCAGUGUCAGAUGAGCAUGCGAAGCUUACGUCUGAGCAUGAAAGACCAGCAAUGAAUAUAAAGUCCAAGAAUUAAAAAUGCAUGGCAAGAAAUUGGAAGUAGCUUUGCACUGUAGAUAUGAUUGUUUUUAAAAAAAAAAAACCUGCCAACCAGGUACUUGCAGUUGUUUUAGAGGAAAAAAAACAUAUUGUUCAGGGAUUAUAUUUUUUAUCCUGAUUUACAGAAGAUUCCCAAAAGAUAAUACUUCAAAUGCUUUGGAUGAAGGACUAAAUGACUGAAUUACUACGGUAAAGAUACUCAAGCUGCAGUAUUAAUGAGCAGGUGAAGGACUGUAACAUAACUGGUGUUUUCAACAACUCUGACUGCCAUUUUUUUCUUAAUGGUAUAAAUAAAUCUUCCAGUCGACAGAGGUGAUUAUUUCAUCAUAAUCAAAGAUACUGAAGUAAUGAAACUGGGAAAACAUCUAAACAAAAUGUAUUUUAAAAAAGGAGUUUACUUGUGGUAUUGACAUUGCAUUCACUUUGAAUGACUGUAAAUAUUUAUAUGACAUGUACAGAAGAUACAGCAUGCUCAUUUUAGUCUUAUUACUAAUCUGUUUUUCUAUAAUUAUAACCAUGUAUUAUGUUUGACAAAAUGACAUAUUUUUGUACAUUCCCUUUACUAUUAUACUGUAGUUGCAAUAGGUGUUUUCAUUAUUAGUGUUGUCUGAAAGUUAUUUAAAUAAAUUUGUGUUGGAGCUUC